AUGGCAGGAGAAAAUCUCACAUUCAGUAUAGAAUUCAUUCUCAUAGGAUUUUCUGACUUUCCCAAUAUUCAAGGUUUCCUCUUUGCAAUUGUCUUGGUUAUCUACAUGAGUAUCCUGCUAGGAAAUGGCUUAAUAAUUGUAAUAACCAAUAUUGAUCCAGUUCUCCACACACCCAUGUACUUUUUUCUUAAAAACCUUUCUUUCCUGGAAAUCUGCUACACAUCAGUCAUGGUUCCCAGAAUGCUGAAAAAUCUUUGGACCCAGAACAGAAAUAUUUCUUUCAUAGCUUGUGCUGUACAAUUUUAUUUCUUUCUUGUUUUUGGAGUCGCUGAAUGCCUCCUCCUAGCUGUAAUGGCCUUUGAUCGUUAUGUGGCUAUUUGUAAACCACUCUACUAUUCUGUAAUCAUGAAUCACAAGAAGCAAGUCCAACUGCUGAUUGGUUCUUGGAUAAGUGGGAUUCCAGUAGAGAUACAAUUUACAUACCAAGUUUUCUCUCUGCCUUUCUGUGGUUCUAACAAACUCAAUCAUGUUUUUUGUGAUAUUCCUCCAUUAAUGAAAAUAGUCUGUGGUGAUAUCACUAUGAGUGAACUUUUUAUCUUUGUUAAUGCUGUAUUCUUUGUAAUAGCUCCUUUAUUGUUAAUUCUUGUGUCCUAUGUCAAAAUUAUCACCACCAUCCUGAAACUUCCAUCAGCCAUCGGGAGACACAAAGCAUUCUCUACUUGCUCUUCCCACCUCAUGGUUAUUGGAUUAUUUUUUGCAUCUGGAAUGAUGGCACAUUGGAUACCUAAGUCCAAAAAAUCAAAAGGCAUAGACAAAUUGCUUUCUCUUGUCUACUGUAUUGGCACCCCAAUGUUUAACCCUCUGAUAUACAGCCUAAGAAAUAAGGACAUCAUUGCAGCCUUGAAAAAAAUUCUACCUAAAUGA